CGCAGCAUUUGUCUUACUUUACCUUUUUCCGCUGGCGUGAUCUGGGAGACUGACUGUGAUUCGAUGAGAUUGAAAAAGGAUCCGUUGCAAGUUAUGACGGGCAUUGUCUAUGAGUCCGCUGCUUUAGGACGUCGAUUGGAUAAGGCUUAG